AUGGAUCAAUAUGCCUAUAAAGUGCAUAUUAGUGAAGUCACCAAGUUGGAAGAUCCCGAUUCACCACCCAGGAACGCCUUCAAAGAUGCCGACUUCCCUCAUGACGCCUCAGUCCUGGGGAGCAAGCUGGCACAGGGCUGGGAAGAGUGGCACAGGGCUCGGAUGAUCGGAAGUCCCAACGAAGCCGUCCUGUUUGAUCAAGUCCGACCUCAAGACAUCGUUCAAGGAUUCGUGGGAGAUUGUUGGCUGAUGAGUUCAAUCGCCUGCAUGGCCACCCAUCCCUCAAAGCUGAAGAGCCUCUUCAAGGAGAAACACCUGACGGAGGACGGCCAAUGUGAUAUUUUCCUCUAUGACGUUGAGGGUGAGAAAUGGAUGACCAUUACCAUCGAUGAAUUCAUUCCCUGCCUGAUGUGCCACGGAGGUCCAAGUAUCAAGUGUCCAAAUGAGGUUGUGGCGACCUGGACGGACACAACGCACGGAGAGAAGUACAAGGUACUUGAUAAUGGGCUCAUCACCGUCCAUGCAUACUCUAUCACCAGGCUAGUCUUCGAAAAGAAGGACAAUGGGACACCAGUAUGUCUCAUUCAGCUGCGCAAUCCGCAUGGCAAGAACGAGUGGAACGGUGCCUGGAAUGAUUACUUUGGAGCGAAUGACUGGCAUGAGAAUCCUGAGCUCCGCAAACGCGUGAAUGUGCUUUGCAAGGACUCGGGCUUGGACCCCCGCUUGCCGUACUUGAGGAUUCCUUUGGUGCUGGGCUUCUUCGCAGACCGGCACCGUGCCUCUGCUCUACGCGAGCCUCAGCUACAGGUGAUCCUUGACGCGGUGCUGUUUGAGCCUGGGCCAUGGCAGUCGCCUUCCGAUCUCCUCAGCGUGCCCCCAGAGACUGUGCCAGCGCCAGACCGCAGGCACUUGGCCACGGGUGCAGGGCUUCUUUUCAACGAGCUGAUGAGGCAUGGGACAUAG